AUGCCGAAGCGGACGACGCACACGUACUCGAGCGAGGAUGCACUGCCGGAGGGCCCCGAGUCCGACCUCUUCGUCUACUACUGCAAGCACUGCGCCUCACACGUCCUCAUCACCGAUACCCAAUUGCAGAAAAUGCCCAAGCGAAAGACUGACAGAGCACAUGUUUUAGACAAGGCUAAGCAUCUUUCAAGGCUAAAUGUGAAGGAGUCAGGAAAAGUAAUGUUGAAACGUGGUGAAGGAAAGCUUGAAAAGCAGUUCCGCAUGAGCUGUGUGGGAUGUGACCUUUUUGUUUGUUACCGAUCAGAAGAGGAUCUGGAGGUUGCCCCUUUCAUAUAUGUUGUAGACGGAGCACUGAGUUCAGUUGCAGCUGAGACAAAUCCACAUGAUGCUCCUGUACCUCCUUGCAUCACACAACUGGAAGGUGGACUUGUCCAAGUAGCCAUUGAAGUGGAAGACCGGGCACAACGUUCAGCAAUAACAAGAGUGAACGCUGACGACGUUCGAGUAACAGUAGCUGCCCCUGCUGCUCGAGGGGAAGCUAACAGUGAGUUACUAGAAUUUAUGGGCAAGGUUCUUGGCCUAAGAUUGACUCAGAUGACCCUUCAAAGAGGAUGGAAUAACAAAUCGAAGCUUCUUAUCGUGACAACUCUUCCAUUGUUUCUCCAAAACACCGCACAGAGUCCCAUUCAUCUGUACAUCGAUAAGCCUGGCACUAGGCCACUACAUGUCACAACCCUUAGCUGCAGGCGAGAUCAAACCGGUGACGUCAGCUAUCAUAGGAUGGAAAUCGGAAGAGGGGAUCUCGGUAACCAGGAGGACGAUCGUCUUCCUGACCUUUUGACAAGUGUUGGUGAGCGCAUGGGCGGAGGUGGAGAUGGGGGAUCGUGCGAUCUCCUCCAAGUACUUUUUGAGGGGGCCUUAGCUGGAGGAGCUGCUGGUGUUGUUGUUGAAACAGCUUUAUAUCCUAUUGAUACAAUAAAGACCAGGCUUCAGGCUGCACAAGGCGGAAGUAAAAAUCAUUGGAAAGGCCUGUAUGCUGGGUUAGCUGGAAAUAUUGUCGGUGUUCUUCCUGCUUCCGCAAUUUUUGUUGGAGUAUAUGAGCCAGCUAAAAGAAAACUACUGGAAAUAUUUCCUGAAAAUUUGAGUGCUAUUGCUCAUUUGACUGCAGGGGCAAUUGGAGGGGCUGCUGCUUCUCUCAUUCGUGUUCCCACAGAGGUGGUUAAACAAAGAAUGCAAAUGAGUCAGUUCAAGACUGCACCUGAUGCCGUUCGCCUUAUUGUCGCUAAAGAAGGAAUUAAAGGACUUUAUGCCGGAUAUGGUUCCUUUCUACUGCGAGAUCUGCCAUUUGAGGCCAUUCAAUUUUGCAUAUAUGAGCAGCUCCGAAUUGGUUAUCGAUUAACGGCUAAGAGGGAGUUGAAAGACGCAGAGAAUGCAAUUAUUGGUGCUUUUGCUGGUGCCAUUACUGGCGCUUUAACAACACCCCUCGAUGUCAUGAAGACAAGAUUGAUGAUUCAGGGACAAGCAAACCAAUAUAGAGGUUUCAUUGAUUGUGCUCAGACUGUCAUGCGAGAGGAAGGUGCUGGCGCAUUUCUGAAGGGUAUUGAGCCAAGGGUACUAUGGAUUGGCAUUGGCGGGUCAAUCUUCUUUGGUGUUCUGGAGAAAACAAAAUCGAUUCUAGCUGAGAGGAAUAUCCGUAGGUGA